GGGGGGGAAAAAAAAACUAUAAAAUACGAUAAGUGAAAAGCUCUAGCUUGUGCUUGUAAAAGAAAAAACUAUCACGGGAGGACUGUACUUGCGCCAUUAUUGUGCAAUAAUAGAAAUCAAUAAUUACAAAUGAGUUACAUGAAUGAUUGAUUCAUUGAGGAGGUAGGACUUUGGCACGCUAAAACAGAAGCUGGCAAGUGGCCAAGCCCAAGUGUUGGAUGUCUCGGAUAAGAUCUCAAAAAUGAUAUUUCUAAUUUCCUCCAUUGCUUAGGAUUAGGAUGUUCCAACAAUUAUCAGAACAUGCUUCCUAGCAAUGAGAACAUGGGGUAGGACAGUAAUUUGGUUGCAAAAGUAGAAUACGUUCUUGGGCUUUAAUAAUGGAUGUCAGUCUACAAGUCCAAGCCGUCAUUCAUAUUUCCUCUCAUCCCUCCACUUCAAAAAUUCUCCGGCGACCAUUCCAACAAUGCUCUGCAACCACCUCAGAACAAUCUCUCCGACAUUCUCGCCGGAACUGAGAGAACUCAACGAUGAGUCCGACUUCGAAAGCCUCCUCAAUCCCAACGGUCUUAUCUCUAUCUGUGGCUUCGGCUCCCUCCUCUCUGAGACAAGUGCUCGGAGUACAUUCCCGGAACUUAUCAAUUUCAGAGUUGGGAGACUGGUCGGUUUCCGGCGAGUGUUCUCGGUGGUGGGUCCUAUUUUCUUUGCUCGUGGCAUUGCCAAUACAAAAACCCAUUUUAAAACCUUUCAGGAGAUUUCAGGAGCAACGGUGGAGCCUUGUGAAGGUGAAAUCAUCAUAGUCAGUGUCUUUGAGAUAAGAAAAUCAGAGAUUCCGGCUUUUAUAGAAAGGGAACGCGAAUAUCGCUUCCUAGCUGUCAUGCCUGAGACACUUGAUGGGAAGCCUCUUACUAGUAGUACUUCUCCUGCAGUUCUUUGCGCUAGUUAUAGUGAUGAGGAGUUUUUCCAAAAUAGAUGCAAUGAAGGCAAGGAGAUCUAUUUUCAACAAUAUGGAGAAUAUGAGAUCCAUAAGAUUUGGAGAGAUGAUAUCUUACCUUGUCGUGUUUAUCUUCGUCACUGUUUGAUGGCAGCAAAAACCUUAGGCGAUGAAGCAUACGACAACUUUCUGGAUCACAGUUUCCUCGGAGACCGGAAAACUACCAUCCAAAACUACUUGGAAACAAGCGGUUUUGACAUCAUGGAAGAGGAGCCACCUGAGUCCCUUAAAGUCCGUUAUGGAGGUUGCUUUCAAUUAGGAACUAAAACCAUGUAAUAUGCUCCUAAAAGAGAGCUUUGUCAUUAAAAUACACAAAAAUAAAAAAAAA